UCGGUCCCUGUUUUAUAGACAGUAUGUUAUUUUUUUCUCCUCGGGUAUUACUUCCAGGGCAAACCCCACGUCAGUGCUAGGCAGAUGAAAUGGGAGAGAUGGUCAAAUACUGAGGCAGUCUGCCCUGUGGCAAAUUACCACAUUGCACGAUUUCCCCAGGUUUAUUAACUUAUCUCCUUUGCGCUGAGCAAAUAGGAGCCAGUUAGGAGAAGGAUGGGAAUCGGGAGCCUAGAACAAGCCGGGCUCUAACAGCCUCCAUCCCCACAUCAGAAGCCGGGGUAUCGUGGAAGUCAAUGGUCAAGGGCACCCUCACUCUCCAAGCUAAUGCAGUGAAGGGCUGACUUGAACCAAUUUCGGUCAUACCUCCCUCUUCACCUUUGCCUUUCUCUCCCUAUUCCCUUCCUCCCUUCCUUCCUUCCACUGAUCCACUGACUGGAUGCCAUGACCACUGAUCAGGACAGACACAGAAGCUUCCCCCAAGGCGUUUACAGUCUAGCAGAGAAUACGGGUGUAAACACAGUUGUCACUGGGAACCGCUAUGUCCGUGAAGCAUGAAGGUGGGCUGGGUCGGGGGUCUCCCAGCGCAGGGGUCUUCCCAGCGGACUACGCUCCAGCUGUGUUUUUCUCGACUUGCCACGGUUUGCAAUCUUGCAGGCAUCCUCUCCCGCACGGUCCUUGACAGAGACCCGUCGCUGAGUGCGGGCUCCAGCGCAGUCUGUCCUGCCAAUAUUUUACAAGCGACAUUUUCAAACUAUGCGAGGAUCUAUGUUAAGAAGAUUUAUUCCUCUGUGAUGGAGAAGUAUGAAAAAAUUGGGAAGAUUGGUGAAGGAUCCUAUGGAGUUGUUUUCAAAUGCAGAAACAGGGACACGGGUCAGAUCGUGGCCAUCAAGAGGUUUCUGGAAUCAGAAGAUGACCCUGUCAUAAAGAAAAUCGCCCUUCGAGAAAUUCGCAUGCUCAAGCAACUCAAGCAUCCCAACCUUGUCAACCUCAUUGAAGUCUUCCGGAGGAAGCGGAGGCUUCAUCUGGUGUUUGAGUACUGCGACCACACGGUUCUCCACGAACUGGACAAAUACCGAAGAGGGGUGCCGGAACAUCUCGUGAAGAGCAUCACUUGGCAGACUUUGCAAGCUGUAAAUUUUUGCCAUAGACACAAUUGCAUACAUAGAGAUGUGAAGCCGGAAAAUAUCCUUAUCACCAAACAUUCAGUGAUUAAGCUUUGUGACUUUGGAUUCGCUCGGCUUUUGACUGGACCGAGUGACUACUACACAGACUACGUGGCUACCCGGUGGUACCGGUCCCCGGAGCUGUUGGUGGGGGACAUGCAGUAUGGCCCUCCAGUAGAUGUUUGGGCAAUCGGCUGUGUGUUUGCUGAGCUGCUGUCAGGGGUGCCUCUGUGGCCAGGCAAAUCUGAUGUGGAUCAGCUUUACCUGAUCAGAAAAACCUUGGGGGAUCUCAUUCCUAGGCACCAGCAAGUGUUCAGCACCAAUCAGUACUUCAGUGGGGUGAAAAUUCCAGAUCCUGAAGAUAAGGAACCACUUGAAUUAAAAUUUCCAAACAUUUCUUAUCCUGCCCUGGGGCUCUUGAAGGGCUGUCUUCACAUGAAUCCUGCUGAGAGACUGACGUGUGAACAGCUGUUGCAACACCCGUAUUUUGACAGCAUCAGAGAAAAAGGGGGUUUGGGCAAAGAUCAUGACAAGCCAACAAGGAAGGCCCUAAGACAGAAUCGAAAGCACCUGCCUGGGUUGCAGUACCUACCUCAGCUGACUAACAGCAGCAUCCUUCCAGCUUUGGAUAAUAAGAAAUACAGCUACAAUGCCAAGAAACUUAACUACCAUUUUCCAAACAUUUAAGGAGCUUGGAGAUGGAUGAUAAAAGAACUGAUUGAUAACUCAAAAAAAACCCCGCCCCUAAUACAUUUGACUGACAGCCAUCCAAAUGUUGAGAAAACAUAAAUAACUAACGAGGGGAGACCACUUGGCAAGAUAGGAAGGGAACUUCCAGAUCUUGCCAAGAAGCAGUCUUCCAUGCUUGGUGAUGCUGUCCGGAACAGAAGGGGAAAACUUACUUGGUUUUCCACUAGGGUUUUUGUUGUAUCUAAGUAGCUGAACUUAUGGACAGAUAUAGAAAUGGUAUCUACUGCCCAUCAUUCCAGCAAAACGAGAGAUGUAAAAAAUAUUUAUGCUUCCUUUGUACCAUAGACAACAGUGAGAAAUGGAUCACAAAAUGCCCAUAUAUAUUUCCGUAGGUCUCUGUUCCCUUGAGUCCUAUCUUUUGUCUUUUCAGAUUGUUUCAACAUGUUUAAGGGAUGUUUUAGUUCUUGUAAUCAAAAUAUUUAAAAUUCCAUUUCCUGUC